GAGGCUGCGUUUGAGCAUUCGUUUGAGGAGUCUUCGAAUUGGGACAGGCCUUGGCGUGGCGCUGUGACGUAACCGCCCUUAAAAUGCGUCCUUACAAGGAUGCAGCCCCUGAAUUGAGACACAGCUAAAGUGUUAAUUUUUUUUGACUGGCGUUAAUCGCUCCUCACUGUCAUAGACUGCUGUUAUAAUCGACCUCUGUAAACUGUACACAGUGCACAGCAUGUGUUGGUCAUAUUCCUGAACUGUCUGCACACAUUGUUGGACUUUUAUUGCAGUAGCAGAUUUCGAUGUGGGCAUCUUACCUGGGGCCACACGGAGCGGCACACCAAAAAUAAUAAUACUAAUACUAAUAAUAAUGAUAUAACAACACUUUAUUAAUGGACGCCUCCGCAGGUCCACAUCAACAAAAAACAAAACAAAAUAAAACACAAGACAAUGCAAUAACAAGACCGUAUAAAUACAUACAGGCGCAAGAGGGGAAAAAACGAUGUGUUUUUUUAUUCCUUAUUUGCACGUCAUGUCUUCUUUUUAUAAUGCCACCGAGGUUGAAAGUAACGAGCCUGUUUGUCAAUGUAAGGAGUAGAAAGUACAGAUAUUUGUGUUCAAAUGUAGGGAGUAAAAGUAAAAAGUCGUCAGAAAAAUAAUAAAGUAAAGUACAGAUUCCUGGAAAAUCUACUUAAGUACAGUUAGUAACGAAACAAAUACUUCGUUACUUCCCACAUCUGCUUUUCCUGCAAAGUGUAGCUACUUUCCACUGAAAAUAGUUGGUAACAUUUGCAUUUUGAGGAACUUCCGCAUAGUUUCCAGUAUGUGGAGAAUGAGGCCCUGGUUGUUACAGCUUGGAGCAGACUGAAACUUAACACGUCGCUCCAUUUCCGCCCUGAAAUGUACCGCUAAAGAGUCCUCCCCGUAUGAAGCCGAUACUUCCUCCAUCGCAAUGCGAAGCUGCCAGCUGCUGUCUUUACAUAAACUGGUGAAGUCUCUGGAUCCACGUUAUAAAGAAACUGGAUAUAUUUGCCAUUACCGUCAACAACAGGCCUUAUCUGCUCAGAAAAGCAUGCAGCUGUGUGUCAGUGCGGAAGAAGCUUCACGUGUAGGCGUGUUUAGUUUUUCUGAGUGAACAUUUACCGUAAAUCCACGGAACAGCUUGUGUUGUAACUGACAGCAUCCACGUUCAUUUUGACUCGGGGUUGUUGUGCAGUAGCAGCCUGAAAGCUCAGCAUACAGGUUAUAAGUAUGUCAGGGAUAACAGCCAGUACAACAAACUACCUCUGGUCUUUACAGGAUGUCCUUGGUCAGGGGGCGACUGCUAGUGUCUACAAGGCACGCAACAAGAGGUCAGGUGAGCUGGUGGCUGUCAAGGUGUUUAAUCUACUGAGUUACCACCGCCCCCAUGAGGUCCAGAUGCGAGAGUUUGAGAUGCUGAGGAAGCUCAACCACAGCAAUAUUGUCAGGUUGUACACUGUGGAGGAGCUGCCGUCUAAACAGAAGGUACUGGUGAUGGAAUAUUGCUCAGGAGGAAGUUUGCUCAGCCUGCUUGAGGAACCAGAAAAUGCUUUUGGCCUCCCUGAAACAGAGUUCCUCACUGUAUUGCAAUGUGUUGUGCAGGGAAUGAAUCACCUGAGGGAAAAUGGAGUGGUGCACCGGGACAUUAAACCAGGCAACAUCAUGAGGCAGGUUGGGGAAGAUGGCAAAUCUGUUUAUAAGCUGACUGACUUUGGAGCAGCAAGAGAACUGGAUGAUGAUGAGAAGUUUGUGUCAGUCUAUGGAACUGAAGAGUAUCUGCACCCAGACAUGUAUGAGCGUGCUGUGCUACGUAAGCCUCAUCAGAAGUCCUAUGGAGUGAGUGUCGACCUGUGGAGUAUUGGUGUGACAUUUUACCACGCAGCCACUGGGAGUCUCCCCUUUGCUCCGUAUGGAGGACCCCGCAGGAACAAGCCCACCAUGUACAAAAUAACUACAGAGAAACCUAUGGGGGCGAUCGCUGGAAUACAACGAGUCGAUAAUGGACCAAUAGAGUGGUGCUACCACCUACCUCACAGCUGCCAACUUUCACAGGGUCUGAGUGUACAGCUGGUUCCUGUGCUUGCAGGUAUACUUGAGGCUGAUCAGGAGAGGUGUUGGGGUUUUGACCAGUUCUUCAAAGCCACCACAGACAUACUGCAGCGGCAGCCGGUUCACCUCUUUGCACUGCAACAGGCCAUGGCACACUGUAUCUACAUACACCAUUACAGCACUGUGUCAGUCUUCUUUGAGGAGGUGGCGUCUCAGACUGGUAUAGGAGUACAGCAGCAACAUCUGUUGUAUCUGGGCCAUGACCUUCCUCUUGAGGGCAGCAUGAAGGUGGUCAACCUGCCGUGCACUUCACCUGACCAGCCCCUUAUUCUGCUCAGUGAUGGGCCUGAAGCAAACACCAGUCUGCCAUUCAGAGAACCCGAGACUCCUGUCAUCCCAUCCAAGUUUGACAUUGUAGCAGACUACAACUUCUCCAAGGUAAUAGUGGGAGUGGUCCACCAGUAUCUAAGGAUAGUACAGUUGCUGCACACACACCGAGAGCUGCUACUGCAGGGAUACUACAGCUACAUCAUGAGGCUGCGCAGGGAGUGUGGAGAGGCCAUGCAUAAUAUUGCGAUGAUCACCUUUAGACUGCAGUCCUGUCUCAGCAUAGAACACAGGAUUCAUGUGCUAGGACAGUAUGCUUCAGAAAAUCCAGGUUCACCUGAUAACAGCCACAAGCUGCAGCUGGUCCAUGAGCACCUGCCUAUAUACGCUGCCAGCAUCCAAGAGUUUCAGAACCGGCUGGAUCACCUGCAGAUAGAACAGGCCAAACUAGCUGAGAUCCUGGCCAACGACAAAAGCUGUCAGAAGAUAGAGAUGCUGCUCCAGAAAAUAACAGCAAUUCAUCAGCACUACCGUAAAGACAGACUGACUGGCAAGCUGGCAUAUAAUGAUGAGCAAAUCCACAAGUUUGAGAAAAUCCACCUGUCGUCCCACAUUAAGAGAGGGAAGUCGCUCUUCAGAGAAGACUGUGUGCAGAGAUACAAAGAGCUUUUGGCCUCAACAAGGACAUGGAGCAGUGUUUUACUGGAUAUGCAGACCAGACUGCAGGACUUCAGCUCUUUCUCCAGAGGCUUGUUGGCAGACUUGGAGAUGAACGAGCAGCGCCAGAAUAAAGUUCUGGACAGAAACCUGUUUGCUCUGCAGACCAACAGACCAGGACAACAGCCUGGAAUCAUGCCAAGGGACAAAGACCAGAUGGUCUCCAGGAUGCACCAUCUUAAGGAGGAAAUGGAGAUUUUGGUCAGAGAACUACAGUGUAACAACAGCAUUAUAGAGAGUCUGGGAACAGUGAACUCAGCAUCAGCAGCUCUGGAGCCGAGCUUGGCCAGACCCUCUACACUGUGACCAAAGUGCAGCGUCUUUGCAUCUUAAUACACGAACAAAUACACUCAUUCCGACAAACACCUCUUUUAUUAACUGCCACUCAUGAGCAGUUAUGGACGUUGUGCUGGAUCUUAUUUCAAGGAGUGAUUGCAGUCUGUUAUAUGAAAAGGAAGCGGCUGAAAACAAUCAAUCAAUAAAUUGUGAAUCUCAAUUUAGAGAUAAGAUGCACAGUACGGAGAAGGCGGAAAUGCUACUGAUGGAUUUUUAGUCAGUGUGAUUGUGUGUGUGUGUGCGUGGUUGACAACUGUGUACAGCAGUUCAAUACAAACCUCAUUAAUGCCUUUUAGUGUUAUUGUAUUUCUAAUGGUCUGCCACAGUGAUGGACUCUCAGGAUAAAGCCAAAUGAAUGCUAAGUCAGCUGCUGGAGUGUUUUUGUUUUGGCUGUUUCUUCUGUGUCCCACAGACGAAGCACUGCGGAAUCUGGAAAACCUCUAAAUUUAACACGACUAACUCUGUAUGUUAGUGUCUGCCUUUCUGUCUGUGUGCUUGUUGAAUAAAGGGAUUUUAGUCAUUUUCUGUUGAUCAUUCAAAUAGUUUCACAUGAUUUAAUUUCUUACUUCAGGCAUAUCGUUGUGCUUGAUUGCAUCAGUGACUUUCAGCAUCUCCAAGCACA